CUUGGGCUUGAAGUCUCCAGAGUUUCUACAGGUAUUCAUCUUUCUCAACGAAAGUAUACGUCAAAAGUGAUUGAGGAAGUUGGUGUCCUGCUCUCCGGACCAUUCACAAACCCCAUGGAUUACAAAUCUCAUAUGUCUGCUGCUCAUGAUACUCCUCUCUCUAAUGUUGAGCUAUACAGAAGACUGGUUGGUAAGCUUAUAUAUCUCACCACUACCUGCCCUGAUAUCAGCUUCUCCACCCAACAGUCGAGCAAAUUCAUGGCCAAUCCAGGUGAAGAACACUACAAGGCUCUUCUCAGGGUUCUUAGAUAUCUAAAACAUGCUCCCAGCACAAGCUUAUUCUUUCAAACGUCUAAUACCCUUCAUUUGAAGGGAUAUAGUGACUCUGAUUGGGCUUCCUGCCCGGACACUCGAAGAUCUAUUACUGGGUACUGCAUAUAUCUAGGAAAAGAAAGAAGCAACACACUGUCUUCAGAUCCUCCUGUGAAGCUGAGUACAAAACUCUAGCUCAUUGUUUCCCUCAUUCCUUCAAGAAUGCAUAUCUUUUUUGCUGCCUUGUUAAAACUCUAUAUCGACCCUACUAUUAGAGAACGCAACUGUGCUUAUUCUUGAUCUAUUGCUUUCAUGGAGCAUUACAGCUAAAGUGAAUAUGAGCUCUUGGUACUAGGAUAGGAUGACAUUGUGCUUGGCUUUGGCUGGUUUCCCGUUCCACUUGUUUCCCUCAUUCUUUCAAGAAUGCAUAUCUUUUUCCUGCCUUGUUAAGACUUUGUAGUAAGGUACCCUAUCGACUAUUCUUAUAUUUUAAAACUGUUGGUACUAUUGGGAAUUCAAUGUGACGGUUCUCUGAACAAUUGAUUCUAAUAGUAGCUAGCUUCUUAAAUACUUUUGGUCCCCUUGGUUCUGCUUUGUCUAUUACGUUGGGACUAAAUAUCUAGGGGGUUCAUGGCGAUGGACUGCUAGAAGGAAAUUGUGACUUAGUCUCAGCGUUCACCUAUUCAUACACUUAGUGUGAGUUCUUAUGCUUUAUCCUUCUACAAGUUUAAUAUUUCGUUGGAAAUUCCCAACUGCUUUUACACUACUUAGAAGUUCUGAAAUGCAUAUGCUCUUUUAAAUUUAUGUCAGUAUUAUGGUGCUUUUGAAUACUGCAAACGAGUUUCCCGAGGAAUGAGUAUCCCUAAAUCUGAUCUCGACUCGGUAUUCUUAUGAAUAACCAGUUCACUGAUGUUGACGAAGGGACCAAGUGUUUAAGUUCUCACAUGUGUGUUGGAGCUGGGGAUCGACUAGUGAAUUAUUUAUAGUGGUAGUAUGAGAGCAAGAGAAUAGAGUCAAUAUGGGUGGAUCAACUACCUCUACAAGUAACCUGUGGUUCUGCCUAAUGUUUUCCUGCUUUCCAUUGUGUCCAUUUUGGAUGUGUUCUGUUUGUUUCAAUUGAGAAAUUUUGUGUCAUUCCAUCAUGUAAUGAUUGUAGUUCAGACCAUUGCAUGUUUGGUUUCUCUAUACUAUGUCACGAGUCUCUGGAAUUAUUAAUACUCACACUUGCUGGUUUAAAGAGUGGAUUUUCCCACAAGACAAGAGGUGGGUAUCAGAAUGUUAAGCAUGAAGGUCUUGAUUAUGCAGAAGUAUUUGUUUAUUUAAGUGUGAGGUAUUGCACUGCAAAAGAGUUCAUUUUAUUUUAGUCUUUAGAUUAAUGAGGUUCGAUUUGGCCAGUUUACAGAUGCCAAGUUGCCAAUAUUUCCAUUUCAUCCCUGGUGUGGGUGUUCUCUCCUAUUUGUGGGUUUAAACUCUCACGACUUAGUCAACAUGAGGAUAUAUGAAAAUGUUUAUAUUAGCUUGUUAGACAAGUAUCGACUAUUGCUUGCAUUUACGGUCUGUUCCAUUUCUGGAGUUCCCUUUGUGCUCAAGUUUUGAGUGUGUUGGCUCUUACUGGCUGCUUCAUAUAGACGGGUUUUUGGGUUGCAUGUAUAGAGGCUACUAGAAAGAGGUGUUAAGCUGUUGGAAAUGGAGCGACUAUAGUGGGUGAUUAUUAUUAGAACAGACUAUUACAUCUUCCUUCACCCAGUCAUUUCAGCUUCUCUAACGUCAUAGCUAAGGUUUCAGGGUGCUUUGUACAUUAGGGGGUAACAAAUGCUAAUCUUGUUG